AUGAUCCCCCUCGUCAUUUUCUCCGCCGCCUUGAUGGCACAUAGCGCGCCUCUCCUCUCGCGCGACUUCCGUCUCCAAAACGGCCUCGACGCCCAGAAACUUAAUGCUAAAUUCAAGACCCUCACGAAUUCAACUGAAUGCACCGAUGGAGAGCAAGCUUGUAUUGGAGUUUCUUUUGCUCAAUGUGUGGCGGGAAACUUCCAAUUGUCACCUUGCUCUGGUGGUACUAUUUGUGCUGCGUUGCCACUUGUGAAUAAAGCUGGGACAAGCAUCACUUGUGAUACAGCCAGCGACGUUGCUGAUCGCAUUGCGCAAACUGGAGCAACUGGUGGUGUUGAUGGGUCUGACCCAACACCAACAACGACCAGCAGUCCUGUGGCCAACUCUACCUCCGACUUCCUUCUCCAGAAUGGUCUGGAUUCUCAGAAGCUCAACACUAAAUUUGCAUCGCUCACCGCAGAUUCGCCGUGCAGUGACGAUGAAAGAGCUUGCAUUGGGACGGCUACUGGCCUUUGCCUCAACGGCAGCUUUGUUGUUUUCCCUUGUUCCACAGGCACUGUUUGUGCUGCCCUCCCCUCUCUUACCGAACCAGGCACAUUUGUGACCUGCGACGCCCCAGACGACAUCAAAAACCGUAUCGACCAAACAGGUGCGACUGGAGGAAUAGAUGGCUCAGAGUCUUCCACCUCUUCCGUUGCUGCUUCAUCUCCAAUGGCGAGCUCCAGUGAUUUCCGCUUGCAGAAUGGCCUAGACGCCCAGAGAUUGAACGCUCAAUUUGCCACUCUCGACGUUUCAGCCUCAUGCUCUGAUGGAGAGCAAGCUUGCAUUGGCGACGCAUUCGCUCAGUGUGUGGCAGGCUCUUUUGGUGACGACACCUUGCGCUGGUGGUCUUGUUUGUGCUGCGCUUCCGCUUGUAAACAAGCCGGGAACGAGUAUAGCAUGUGA